AUGGUAUCAGAUUCAUAUUAUCGAAGCCUUAUUGAUGCUGUACGCCAGUUGCCAGUACUUUAUGAUCGCUCUCAUCCUGAUUUCCGUAACGUGAGGAAACGAAAUGAGGCUUGGAAAUUUGUAAGUGAGACGUUGUUCAAGCGUGGUUUUUCGCCUAAUGAAGUGUCGGUGACAAAGUCGCGGGAUCGGUGGAAAAGUCUUGUGCAGCGCUACCGAACAUCAGGACAGUUCGGCCCCGCAUUUAUGUUUACCGCAGAAAUGCAGUUUCUCGAUGAAUUUAUUAAUGCUGUGCCCACACAACCAGCAGAAGUAACGGCUAGCACAUUGCUGGGAAACAUAAAAAAAGAAGAUAAUAACGAGUGGGAGUUUUCUUCCUUGUUUGGUAAUACAAACCAAGUUGAUGGUAAUAUGUCAUUAUUUGGAAAUAUGGAUUCACCUGCUGGUUCUUCAUCUCCUUAUACCCAGCAAGGUGACGCAAAUCAGGUAGAUGGUGGCGUGAAUGAAGAUGGAUUAAUGUUGAAUGGCAGUUCCAAUUUUUCUACCAGCAGCGGUAAUGGUAUCUCUUCAGCACACUGUGUCCCUAUAUCGAUUUCUUCAUUAUCUGUCAAAGAUCUCAUGGCACGUAAGCGACCCCGCCAUAAUGUGUCUGAUUGCUCUACUGCGUUAGAGAAGAAAAUCGCAAGUAGUUUGGAAGCAAUUCAAGAAUUCAUUAGCAGUGCGUUUCAGAAGCAAAAAGAGCAAGAAUCGGAAAAGGAACGAAGUCCGAAUGCCUCUCUCUUUCAGUGUAUCGAUCAUCUUACUGCAGAUAUGUCUCCCAAAGAACAUCAGGAAGCAUUACGAGAAAUAAAGCGAUCGUGUGUAAUAACAGAUAAACGUAACUCUGAAAUAAAAAACAAAAUUCCUUAUGAGCAGUAUAUGGAACAAUUCAGUAAACGCUUAAACACGUGGACACACCAUGGUUUUAACUAA